AUGUCAUUAAGUGAUCACCCCAAGGCCUACGGCUCCGCAGCCGUUGCAUUAGCCUUCGGGGCAGGCAUCCUCGUCACACUCGGCUUCAAAGACUUAUACCCCGAUCUCGAAUACCGCUACCAGCACACGCGCCGCCGCUCACAAGCCCGUCCCGGCGACCGCCGACGAAGCAGCCUGUUUUGGGGCCAGCCCCUCAAACUAGAAGACCACGAGUCGCAACCACCGUCACCGAGCCGCGGGGAUCCCGGCGCCGGGACCGGCAUCGCAUCAUGUAUCGGCAACACGCCGCUCAUUGAAAUCGAGUCGCUGUCGAGAGCGACCGGGCGCGUCAUCCUCGCCAAGGCCGAGUUCCUCAACGGGGCCGGGAACAGCCCCAAGGACCGCGUGGCGCUGAACAUGAUCCAGGAGGCCGAGAAGGCCGGCCUGCUCGUGCCUCACCGCGGCGACACCAUCUACGAGGGCACAGUCGGCAGCACGGGCAUCUCGCUGGCCACGCUGGCCCGCGCGAGGGGCUACAAGGCACACAUCUGCAUGCCCGAUGACCAGGCGCUCGAGAAGUCGGACCUGCUUCACCACCUCGGCGCCGCCGUCGAGCGCGUCGCCGUCGCGCCCAUCACCAGCCCAGACCACUUUGUCAACCUUGCUCGCCGGCGGGCGGACGCUCACACGGCCAGCUCCGCCGACGGGAGCAGGGGCUUCUUCGCGAACCAGUUUGAGAGCGAGGCCAACUGGCACGCACACCUCAACACGACGGGGCCCGAGAUCUGGAGCCAGACGGGCGGCGACCUCGACGCGUUUGUUGCCGGCGCCGGCACGGGAGGCACCAUAACCGGCGUGGCUCGCUACUUGAGGCUCGGUGCCAAGGCGAGCGCCGUGAAAAUCGUGCUGGCGGACCCCCAGGGCAGCGGCCUGUUCAACAAGGUCAAGCACGGCGUCAUGUACUCCAACACGGAGAAGGAGGGCACCCGCCGGCGGCAACAGGUCGACUCCAUGGUGGAGGGGAUCGGCAUCAACCGCGUGACGGAGAACUUUGAAGCGGGGAGGGAUCUGAUCGACGACGCGGUCAAGGUGACGGACGAGCAGGCCUGCCGUAUGGCGAGGUGGCUGGUUGAGAACGACGGCAUAUUUGUCGGGAGCAGCAGCAGCGUGAACUGUGUGGCGGCGGUUGUUACGGCCAUGGGGCUACCGGAGGGCAGUAAGGUUGUUACGGUGCUUUGCGAUUCGGGCACGAGGCAUUUAAGUAAGUUUUGGAAGAGGAUCAAGGAAAUGGGGCUGGAGGAUGAGGAGGCUUCGGAUCUGUUUGGCGAGCUGGGUAUAGCAAGGCAGGAGGAGUGA